UUUCUAGAAAAUUCUUGGACUUUCCUUAAGUCACUCUCUGACCAGAUUUCCCUCCAGUCAAAAUCUAAUGAGUUGUUUGAGAGACAAACCAAAGUGACCGAGUACAGGCCAAUGCCCUGAGACCCAGUCACCCAACAUCAAUCCAAGUGUUCACAUCAAUACAGACACGGAUCAAAUACGGAUCAGUGUGUUCCUGAAACUUUGAGACUCUCAAAUGAUUCUUCAUGUAAGGUGAUUUUGUUUAUUCUUCCAGUUUGACUGGAGAAAUAUCUCCAAAUAUGCAGCGGGACAAAGUGGGAUCAAGGCAGGCAGUUUAUAACUAACAGCCCAAAAUUCUGACCCCACAGGGGGACAAACAUUCUUGCAUUUCCAGAGUCUCAUUCGUUAUCCCCCCAGCGUCGGCCAACUGUUUACAUAAACUUCAUUAACUGCAAGCCCCCUAAUGAUAACAAAGCUUGAAAAAUAGCAUCAAUGGUCCAGAUAAGAAUAGCCAAGCUGCUAUUUUGGCCGUCAGGAGCAUGUGCUGUUUAUUGUAUGGAGUAUGGGAGUGAACUCACAACUAAAGGCUUCCGUAUUGGGAAUCCCAACGUCAAUGAUUUUCUUUCAAAAGAGAACUAGGCGUAGAGUAAAACAUAGCACAGUCACGUAAUAUUGCCCCAGGCCCUGUGACAAUGGAGGGCUUUCGAUAUCUACUGCUCUACCUGAGCCUCAGCCUGGCUGGAUCCUGUAAAGGAAAACCCGUAGAGCUCACUCAGACUCUGGAGCACGACCUGGAGGAAGAGGACAUCCUGAAUUCCAGGCUGGAGAAGUUUCUGGGGAGCAUGAAGGAAGACUUCCUGAGGAUGCUGAACCUGUCAGGGGUUCCUCAGGAGCAGAGGAGGAUUCAGCCUCCUCCAUUCAUGAUGGAACUCUAUAACAAAUAUGCUACGGAUAAGUCCUCCAUCCCGCGCUCCGACGUCAUCCGCAGUUUCCUUUUACAAGAUGUGACCCAAUCAGCUACGAGCGAAAACAGGACCGCACACAGGCUACUGUUCAAUGUUUCAGUCCCUCAUUUCGAAGAGGUCACUUUGGUGCAGCUGCGACUCUUCAAGCUGUGGGAGAGAGGUCAACCGGCCUAUGACGACACUUUCACUUCCAUCAACGUUUAUGAUGUGGCACACAAGCAGAGCCAGGAGAACCUGUGCCUUCUGGACAGGAGAGACCUCAGUGACCCAGAGCCCAGUUGGGAGGCCUUUGACGUGACGAGCGCCGUCCACGGCUGGCUCGAAUCGAGGUAUGGUGUAGGUGAGCUAGAGGUUGAGGUGGAACGUCGGGGCUGCGGGUCGUUUAAAGGAGGCGGUUAUAACAUCAGCCUGAAUUUGCAGGACAGCACCUCACCAGUUCUGAUUGUCUUCUCGGACGACAUUGAGAACAGGAAGAGGCAGGCCAAAAGCAAGGCCAUAGAGAUGAUGAGUCAUGAAGACGAGAGCUUUUUGCUGAAGGUGGACGCCUUGGAGGAUUACGACGGCGAGGUCCACCUGGACCGCCGUCCCAGGAGGAGAAAGAGGCAGGCGCAGAGGAACUACUGCCGAAGAACCUCGCUGAGGGUGAACUUCAAGGACAUCGGCUGGGACCAGUGGAUCGUGGCGCCGCCUGAGUACGAAGCCUAUGAAUGCAAAGGGGUGUGCUCAUUCCCCCUGACUAAUGACGUGACCCCUUCCAAACAUGCCAUCAUCCAAACUCUGAUGCACCUGAGCAACCCGAAAAAAGCCAACAAAGCCUGCUGUGUUCCCACAAAGCUGGACCCUAUAACGGUCAUGUACCAGGACAAUGGCGUCAUCACCGUGCGGCACCUGUAUGAGGAGAUGAAAGUGGCUAAAUGCGGCUGUAGAUAAUGACCAAAUCAUCACGUCUCCUUCUUAAAGGGUCACUCCAGUCUGGACGACAAGCCUGUUCAGCUUCUACAGUGGUGCAGAGUUGCCUCUAGAGGGAGUUUUUCCAGUUUAAAGACUAAGCCCCGCCUUUUGAUGACGUAUCCUGAAGGUGGGAGAAGUUUUGGCGGUGGACUGUUUUCAUGUUUUUCCCCCUUGCUGGCUAAUGCAGAGAUAGCUAGAAGACUGAC